AUGACGGCGACUCCCUCCAGCAACCGGCUGAAGCUCACCCCCUCCAAUUCACCUUUUCUCACCUCCCGACGCCCGAGGUCUCCGCUGCGCGGUCGACCCGUCUUCGAAUCCCGCCUUUCGCUCAAGAGAGUUGUCGGGACAACGUGCCGCUCACCCACCGCCUUUGAUGCCGUCGGCACCACCUUUGCCUACACCGCUGGCGGUGCCGUCGUGGUUGUUCAUGUCGACGCCGACCAGUAUACCCAACGAUUCUACCGAGCUCGCCCCAACGUUGCGUCCCUCUACGCCGCCUCCCAGAACGGACCAUCUGCACCGACGACGGCGACGACGGCCCCAAAGGCUAAUGAUAGCCGGAACCGUGUUGCUGCCGGCUAUCGAGACUCUCACGGUGCGCCAGAUUGGGCAGAUGGUUCGACACCUAGGACGUGGACGAGCCGUGAGCGCAUCAAGGCGGCCACCUGCCUCAGUCUAAGCCCGGAUGGAAAGUACUUGGCCGUGGGCGAGACGGGAUAUGCGCCUCGGGUUUUGAUUUUCAGCCUCCAGGAUACAUCCUCUGAUAUUCCUCUAGUGUCAAUUAGUGAGCAUGCAUUUGGCGUCAACGCAGUGGCAUGGUCCGGGGAUUCCAAGUAUCUCGCCUCCCUCGGAGCCGCAAACGAUGGCUAUCUGUAUGUCUGGAAAGUAGACCCCCGUAAUGGCCAGACAAGACUCUUUCAGCAAAAUAGGUGUACAUCCUACGUCAAAGAUAUGGUUUGGCUGGGAAACAACCUCAUUACUCUCGGCAUCCGGCAUAUCAAGAUGUGGAAGAUUGAUGAAAACGCCGGCAUCUCUCCAGCAAAGCCAAAGUUUGGCUCGGAUCACCCUCCCUUGUCGCCAACGUCUCAAAAGACGUUGCCUGGUCGGAACAUUAUUCUGGGAGGCCUUCUGGAAGCUACUUUUAGCUGCGCAGCUGUCGACGGUAGCAGGUUCAUCAUUUGCACGGAGGCAGGUGAUGUGUGCAUUUUAGACGGCGAUGAUAAGCAGACAAAAGUUGUCUGCAUUCUCAACCUUGAAUUCUCUAUAUCGACCAUUCAAAUCAGGGGCAAUGUUGCGUAUGUUGGCGGCAAAGGCGGCGAUUUCACCAAGCUCGAUGUCGUCAGACUGAUGGAGGGAAGCAAGGACUGUAUUAUUGGCACAUCGCAAUCCUCGACUGGAUUGGUGGCCUUGGGUUUUAUGAUGAAUAACUCAGUCACCAUUGAUGCCAAAGGAUCGAUUGAUAUUUGGGAUUUAGACUACGUGCCCGGUCAAACGGCCGAGCCGUCAUCCCACAUUCAUAUCCCAGGCCAUGGAGAGCCGGUGGCCGGUAUCUGCCCCAUGGAUAGGCUGAAUGAGAUGCAGGCGGCUUUUUUGACUUGGUCAAACUCGGGCAUGGUGACUUUUUGGGACUUGGACGGCAAGAUCAAAGCAUCCAUCGGCAUUCCGUUGGAAGGCCUGAACGCGCCAGAUGCCAAUCCGGAGACGCCGAAUCAAUUGACCUGUGUCAAAAUCUCAAAGAGUGGGCGUCUCUUGGUCACGGCCGAUCGCCUUGGAGUACUGAGAGUCACAGAUACAGCUACAAGGGAGUGUCUUCUCGAUACUAAAGCUCACUCGGCUGAUUGUACAUCCAUCAGCCUGUAUGAAGAUGAAGGGAAAUUCCUCAUGGCUUGUUGUGGUAGGGACCGCACUGCACAGCUAUUUCACCGUGCUUCUAGUAGCGGCAAUAUCGAGCACUUUCAAACCAUUGAGUUUGCCGCCAGAGUUGUUCAAGUUCUCAUCUCAUCGGAUGACAAGGUAUUCACUUGUUCGUGGGACCGAAUAAUGCAUAUUCACGACUUGGUUACCAAAGAAGGGGACCCGGACGCAAUAGCUGCCAUUCCUUCAAAGGUCGUCUCUCUCAAAGCGUCGCCCACUUCCAUGACCGUGAGCUUGGAUAGUCGGACAGUGUUUGUUUCCAUGUUAGACCGAUCCGUCUGCCAGUACGAUAUCUUGACGGGACGGCCGAUCAACUGUUUCAAGUGUAUGGAUGAGAGCAGCAUAGAAUCCGCGGUUCUUGAAUCCAUAUCCAUCGAACAGGGUUCGCCUAGAGACUCUGAUUUUCUGUUGGCCGCCUCCAAUACCGACAAAUCCAUCCGGCUCUACGACUCUAUUUCUGGGAACUUUUUGGACCGAGAAUGGGGUCAUACCGAGGCCAUCAAUGGCGUGUGCUUUGUUGAAGACGGCGAUGAGAACAGACGCGUUGUGAGCGUUGCGGCUGACGGGACGAUCAUGAUUUGGUCUCUCGAUGUUCAUGAGCGGCUGAAAAGUAGAGAGCCGUCACCUUCGAGAGACACCACCUCGGGCAGGCCACCCUUGCGAAGGGUCUUGUCAAAGGCUGAAUUGGCCGAAUUCCAACGCCCUCGAGAAAAUUCGACGGGACAACGUUCCUCGCCGCCUCCGCCCUUGCAAAUUCGAACGGUACGGAAGCGCACUUCUCGACUCAAUCUCGGUUCCAACACCCCCAACGCCAGGACACCCUCUGGGACUCUACAGAUUAGCCCUGGCGCCAGCAGGGUCAUGGACGACACGCCUUCGCGCCGAAGAGGCCUCGAUCCUACUGGCAGCCCUCCGCUCAGCCCAAGGGCCAGGCUGUCUCGUAGGCCAUCGCUUCCGGCCCUAGGCCACGCAGCGCGCAAGAAGAAUUCCACCCCCAACCUUCGCGGAAACUCAUCCCUGACCACGGCGACGGAACAAGCCUGUCGUACUUUGAGAGCAUACCGGAAGAAGCUCUCGUCAGCAGAGCCUAUCAAUCCAGAUGCUCUCAGCGAACUGGAUCAGGAAUUGCGGUUCACUGCGGCCGCGCUGGGCGACCGCGCAAUCAGGAGCAGAGCGAUGAACGAGACGGUUCUGAGCGGCCUCUUGGACCAAUACUCGGAAAGACUCGUCACCUUGUUAGACGAGAAGUUGCGCCUCACCAGCCAACCGAUAGAACGAGACACUGAAGUGUCAAGUGAGGGUCGUCGCGGUAGCACGGACGAAACCUCAAGCACAACAUCAUCACGAUGA